CAGGCUGGGGAGAGAAAAGACAUCUCGAAUUGUCACCAUACAGUGAUGGCAGGCAGCGAGUCAAGGGUCGUGAUGAAUGGGACUCAAGUGAGUUAUAUCGGACACGACUGUGAAGAACUCCCAGAAUUCUUAGGAGUACGCUUUGGCAGGCUGGCAAAACGGCUGGAUCUGAGCUUUAACUCACUGAGAAAGAUCAGUUGCUUGAUUCACAUGUUACUCAAUUGCGCAAAUAUCGGAAAUGAAGCUAUUACUCCUCUUUGGAGAUUCACUGGAUGGGUUGCAAGAUUUUCAGUUAGAAACAGUGGAAGGUCGUUUUGCUUCCGUGAAGAAGUUUCUCCUCUGGUGGCCUCUAGCAGGUCACUGGAGGGGCUGAAAGCAUUCACCGAGUUGGAAGAGCUGAUUGUGGACAACAACCUCCUCGGAAAUGACCUCUGGUUACCCAGGUUACCUCGCCUCCAUACCCUAACACUCAAUAAGAACCAAAUAACCGAUAUAGAAUCCCUGCUGGACCACUUGGCCGAAGUGACACCUUCUCUGGAGUAUCUCAGUUUGUUAGGCAAUGAAGCCUGUCCCAAUGAACUUGUCAGCCUGGAUAAGGAUGAAGACGAUUACCAGCGAUAUAGGUACUUUGUGCUGCACAAACUGCCUCAUCUGAAGUUCCUGGACACCAGAAAAGUGACCAGACGGGAGCUAGAGGAAGCACAAGCUCGAGGCGCUUUUAUGAAGGUGGUGAAGCCAGCAUACAAGGAGGACUCCAGUGACAGCAGCUGUGCAUCUCCACUCAUGCAGUAUACCCCUUUACCCAGUGGGAGCAGGGAUGCCAAAAGCCACAGAGGUGUGCUUGCCAAAUGUCGGUACGUGUACUAUGGAAAGCAUUCCGAAGGAAACCGAUUCAUUCGCAACGACCAGCUCUGACUGCUCGGCAGUGGCUUCAUCUGAAGAAGAAAGUGAGAGAGAGUGAGGUGGUGGUGGGAAGUGGGGGGAGGGGGGCAGUAAAUAAACAAGCGAGUAAAACACAUAUCACCUUUCCAUUUUGAACAACCAAAUGCAGGCCUCUAGUGCCUUCUGCUGACUUUGCCAGCUCUGUCAAAUCCAUCCUUCUGUCGCUGUCUGAGCAGUCACAUCAAGAUUGACAGGACUGCCUUUAAGCAGCUCCCUUCCGCCACAGUGACAGACAGCUGCAGCCGAGUGCCUGGACUGACAGGAUGAGCACCAUGAUGGAUUGCCUGGCCCAACGGCUGCUCAAGGAAGGACAAAGGUCACACCUGAGGCUGCUCUGAGUAUGCGCACACGCCUCCGACAGGCUGCUUCAAAGUCAGAGCAGGAGUUAUGUCACCACGGCAUCUUUCUGCAAGAGAAACUUACAGACAGCACCAUUUUGCUUUUUGCAUUGCUGGAUAUAUCGGUGAUGGUCGACUGUUCCACAUGAUUGUUAUUCAGGCAUCGCGUUAUGGGGUGUUCACUUUUGUUACGUGCUACAUGACUUUCACAUCAGAAAGCACAAUUUGUGAUUAUUUUGCAUAGUGUAUUAUGCAAAGCUAAGGGGGAACUGCACCUCUGUUUUUAUAUUUCGGGGUUAUAAUGAAUCGCCAAUGAUGAGCGCAUUUCAAACCACAACGAAACAAUCAAGUACUGUACAUGGUAACAUGUACAAUCUCCAAAUUACAUCACAAGAAAGUUUCAGUGUAAUUUAUAGCACCAUAUUGCCUUCAUUUCUGUGAUUCAAAACGAGGCAACAAAACAUCUAAUGACAAGCAAGCGGCCCUGUUACAUUGUAAACAUUCUUUAGACCAAACGAAUUUUGCUACUAUAGUAAUAGUAAAUAUUUUCAUGAAACCGACACAUACACGGCAACAUGUUUUUAGAUACUUUUAACUAUUGCAAUAAAAAAGAGCAACCUUCCAACCAGAUAACAUACACUUAUAAUAAUUAACGUUAUUAGAAGACCAUGUUUCUCAUUUGCUUACAGUGACUAAUGAGCAGGAAGGGCCGCUUUAUGUCACAAUUCACUCAGGCUUUCACUCUUGACCUGUGGUAACACCAGCAGUUUCUUCUCUGCCUGCAACAACCUGGCGACCAUACAAUAGUUUCAAAAAGUUCACUAUUUUACACUUAAUUUGAAUUUAGUAAAAUUUUGCAAUAUUGUCAAUUAAUUAAUUUUGUUCCUGAGAUUUAAAAACCAGCCUGAGAAAUUGUGACUGCAGUUCCCCUUUAAAAAAAGUGUAAAUGAGUGAUUCUUAGUCUUGCGUUUGUUCUUUUUUGUGACAGGGAGUUUAGAUUCCUUAAGGAGUGCAUUGUAAGUCAAUACUAGAAAUUGAAUACAAUAAGCUGUCGUUGCAAAAUGGAAAUAAAUGAAACCAGAAGUAAAGUUCUGACAUUAAAUUUGGCUAACAGGAGUAGGAUAUAUAUUGGCCUACUGCUUCCAUCCUUAAUUCAAGAAAGAAUGUCACUAAAUCUUAAGUUGCUAAAUCCUUCUGUACAGUUGCAGUAUUAAUCAUUGUGUAGCGUACUGCAUAUCUCACAGUAUCUUAGCUCAAUAGACACAUAUCCUGAACACUUACCAUGAGUAAGCAGACACCAGCUGUCCACUCCAGCGGCCUGAGAAACAAGCGAUUGCUGGCUGUAAAAGGAAGCUCUGGCAAAAGGCAGCCUCUGUCUGCUGGCAGCCAUGCAGUGAACAGGAGAUUCUUGAGAACAAUGCUAUGAGAGAUUCUAGAAGAAACAGGUGUUCUUUUGCACUUGUCUAUAUAUAUAUUUACUUAUGUCACGUCACUGUAUACACAACCAAAAACUCCCCUUUUCUCAUGGAAAAUGAACACAUCACUGUCAGUGUGCCCAUUGUGUAACAUUGGGAGGAACUGUCUUUUUUUUAUUUUACUGUUGUAAUGAAAUAGAUGUCAGUGAUUAUGGACUCACUGUUAUCAAUGGAGUUUGGGUUUUAAGAAUGCAAGAAGUAGGCUCAUCACCUCAUCUGUACAAUUAUUCAUAAAUUUGUUUCCUGUCCAAAUACUUCUAUUGAAAUGAAUGGUGAACUGCACUCUUUUGCUAUGUUUUAUGUUUUAAGAAUGAAUAAAGGUGGUUAAAUUGAUGGAAAA